AUGAGCACAAAACUGCAAGCUCACAAAGCCUUACCACAAACUUCAGCGAGGUCAAAGAUGUCUGCAGGCAAGGCACAAAUAGGCAAACUGGCCCCCGACUUCACAGCCAAAGCGUUGAUGCCAGACCUGGACUUUAAGGACAUCAAGCUGUCUGACUACAGAGGGAAAUAUGUGGUCUUUUUCUUUUAUCCACUGGAUUUCACAUUUGUGUGCCCAACGGAAAUUAUUGCAUUCAGUGAUGCAGCAGACGAAUUCAGGAAGAUUGACUGUGAAGUCAUCGCUGCUUCCACGGACUCACACUUCUCACACUUUGCAUGGUGCAACACCCCACGUAAGCAAGGGGGUCUGGGUUCAAUGAAGAUCCCCAUGGUAUCAGACACAAGGCGCACAAUCUCCACAGACUAUGGCGUCCUGAAGGAUGAUGAGGGCAUUGCUUACAGGGGACUUUUUAUUAUAGACAACAAAGGCAUUUUGAGGCAGAUUACCAUAAAUGACAUCCCAGUGGGUCGUUCUGUUGAUGAAACCUUGCGCCUGGUCCAAGCAUUUCAGUUCACUGACAAAUAUGGAGAAGUCUGCCCCGCUGGCUGGAAACCAGGAAGUGACACCAUCAAGCCAGACGUCCAAAAAAGUAAAGACUUUUUUUCCAAGCAGCAAUAA